GUCCCGCCCCAGCCCACUAGCGCCUUUUUAGGCCCCGGGUGUGCGUGGGGCAGGCGGGAGCGCACUGCUAUGGCGGGGCCUUGCAGCUCCGGAUCCCCCGCUGCCUGCUGGAAACGCCAUAUCGUGCGGCAGCUGCGGCAGCGGGACCGCACGCAAAAGGCACUCUUCCUGGAGCUGGUGCAGGCCUAUAAUCGUCUCCUGGAGAAGGCUGAGCUGCUGGCCCCAUUCUCAGAGAAACUGCACCCAGAGCCAAACAAUGUUACUCCUGCGACCCACCAGGGCCCCUGGGAUGAGGAGUUGGGGUCUGACUCCGACCAGGUCCCGUCACCAGCCACUCUGAGGGUGAAAUGGCAAGAGAAGAAGGAGGGGCUCCAGCUGGUCUGUGGUGAGAUGGCCUACCAGGUGGUGGAAAAGAGCGCAGCCCUGGCCGCCCUAGAAUCUGAACUGGAGGAGCGUCACAGCAGGCUGGCGGCUCUGGAGGCAAGGGUGGCGCAGCUGAAGGAGGCACGGGCGCAGCAGACCCGGCAGGUGGAAGCGCAGCAGGCCCGGAACGCGGCACUGCGGCUGGCCUACGAGGCGCUGCGCGCGCACCUGGGACUCCAGGAAGCGGCCCUGCGCAAGCUGGAAGAGGAGGCGCGCGACCUGCUCGAGCGGCUGGUGCAGCGCAAGGCUCGCGCUGCUGCGGAACGCAACCUGCGCCUUGAGCGCCGCGAGAGGGCCAAGCAGGCACGGGUGUCCCAGGAGCUAAGGAAGGCUGCCAAGCGGACAGUGAGCAUCAGCGAGAGCCCAGACACCCUAGGUGUCGGGAUCAAGGAGAAGGCCGAGGUGACUCUGACACUGCCUGCUGAGCCGGAAUUUCUAGCGAGUGAGGCUGGUGAGAAGUGGAAGAGGCCUUUUAGGUCUGCCUCUGCCACCUCCCUGACCCUGUCUCACUGUGUGGAUGUGGUGAAGGGGCUUCUGGAUUUUAAGAAGAGGAGAGGACACUCCAUUGGGGGAGUCCCUGAGCAGCGAUACCAGAGCAUCCCUGUGUGUGUGGCUGCCCGACUUCCCACCCGGGCUCAGGAUGUGCUGGAAGCCCACCUUUCUGAGGUCAAUGCAGUUUGUUUUGGUCCCAAUAGCAGCCUGCUGGCCACUGCGGGGACUGACCGCCUCAUCCACCUCUGGAAUGUCGUGGGAGGUCGCCUGGAGGCCAACCAGACCCUCGAAGGAGCUGGCGGAAGCGUCACCAGUGUGGACUUUGACCCCUCGGGCUCCCAGGUAUUGGCAGCUACUUACAAUCAGGCCGCUCAGCUCUGGAAGGUGGGACAGGCGGUGUCCAAGGAGACACUGUCUGGACACACAGACAAGGUGACAGCCGCCAAAUUCAAGCUAACGAGGCACCAGGCAGUGACUGGGAGUCGAGACCGGACAGUGAAGGAGUGGGACCUCGACCGUGCCUACUGCUCCAGGACCAUCGAUGUCCUCUCCUACUGUAACGACGUGGUGUGCGGGGACCAUGUCAUCAUCAGUGGCCACAAUGACCAGAAGAUCCGGUUCUGGGACAGCAGGGCCCCCCGCUGCACACAGGUCAUCCCCGUGCAGGGCCGGGUCACCUCCCUGAGCCUCAGCCUCGAUCAUCUGCAUCUGCUCAGCUGCUCCCGGGACAACACGCUCAAGGUCAUCGACCUGCGUGUGAGCAACAUCCGCCAGGUGUUCAGCGCUGACGGCUUCAAGUGCGGUUCUGACUGGACCAAAGCCGUGUUCAGCCCGGACAGAAGCUACGCAUUGGCAGGUUCCUGGGACGGAGCCCUUUACAUCUGGGAUGUGGACACUGGGAAACUGGAGAGUAGCCUACGGGGACCCCACUGCACCGCCGUCAACGCCGUGGCCUGGUGCAACUCCGGGAGCCACGUGGUGAGCGUGGACCAGUCCAGGAAGGUCGUGCUCUGGCACUAGUGCCGUGACCUCCCCUGCCUGGGCUGGAGCUCGAGUCCGAAGCCUGAAGCCGGAGAACAGCUUCCCCUGGGCCCCAGGGAGGUGUGGGCAGGGUACGGGUGGCUCGGGGCCUCUGGUGGGGAAGAAGGCCGGCGGGGCCUUUGUUUAAAAAUAAAGUGUGGGUUGGUGCGGGGGGACAGAUGACAGUA